CCCGCUCCGGAGCCGCCCGGGACGCCGGGAGGAGGGCUGCUUGGCCGGGACUGCCCGUGGCGCCGCGCUCCUGCACGCUCCCGGCCGGCCCCCACAGGUGCCAUGACUCAGCAGCCCCAGGAGGGCUUCGACAGGAGCGUGGAGGACGCCCGGGAGUGGAUGAAGGCUGUGCAGGAGCGGCUGCAGGUCAAUGACAACACCCAGGGGCCCCGUGCGGCCCUGGAGGCCAGGCUGCGGGAGACCGAGAAAAUAUGCCAGCUGGAGCCGGAGGGCUGCGUAAAGGUGGACGUGGUGCUGCGGGCGGCUGAGGCCCUCCUGGCGACCUGCCGCGAGGACCAGAAGCCCGAGAUCCUGGCCCAGCUGAGGGACAUCAAGGCCCAGUGGGAGGAGACGGUCACCUACAUGACCCACUGUCACAGCCGCAUCGAGUGGGUGUGGCUGCACUGGAGCGAGUACCUGCUGGCCCGGGACGAGUUCUACCGCUGGUUCCAGAAGAUGACGGUGGCCCUGGAGCCCCCCGCGGAGCUGCAGCUGGGCCUGAAGGAGAAGCAGUGGCAGCUGAGCCACGCACAGGUGCUGCUGCACAACGUGGACAGCCAGGCUGUGCUCCUGGACCGGCUGCUGGAGGAGGCGGCCUCCUUGUUCAACAGGAUCGGGGACCCCAGCGUGGACGAGGAGGCCCAGAAGAGGAUGAAGGCCGAGUACAACGCAGUGAAGGCCAAAGCCCAGAACCGGGUGGACCUGCUGGGGCGGGUGACCCAGGAGCAUGAGCGUUUCCAGGCGAGCGUGGACGAGUUCCAGCUGUGGCUGAAGGCAGUGGUGGAGAGGGUGAACAGCUGCAUGGGGCGCAACUGCCAGCUGACCACCAAGCACCGGCUCUCGGCGCUGCAGGACAUCGCCAGUGACUUUCCCAGGGGUGAGGAGUGUCUGAAGAGGCUGGAGGAGCAGGCCGUGGGGGUCAUCCAGAACACCUCUCCUUUGGGUGCAGAGAAGAUCACCGAGGAGCUGGAGGAGAUGCAGAACGUUCUGGAGAAGCUGCGUGGGCUCUGGGAGGAGGAGGAGGGGCGGCUGCGGGGCCUCCUCAAGUCCAAGGGAGCCUGUGAGCGGCAGAGGAAGCAGCUGGAGGCCGAGCUGGCCGAGUUCAGGAAGGGCCUCCAGAGACUGGAGGAGGAGGGCCUGGAGCCCACAGCCGAGGCGGGGACCGAGGACGAGCUGGUGGCCCGCUGGAGACUCCACUCGGCGACCCGGGCGACGCUGGCCGCCGAGGAGCCGCGGGUGGACCGGCUGCAGGCCCAGCUGAAGGAGCUCAUCGCUUCCCACCAGGACCCGCAGCCGCUCUCGGACAGAGUGGUCGCUGCCAUCCAGCAGUACCAGAGCAUGAAGGCGGAGAGCACCAGGCAGCGGAACGCGGCGGGCGUGGCGCUGUGGCAGCGCCUCCAGCGGCCCCUGCAGGCCCUGCAGCUGUGGCGGGCUCUGGCCCAGAGGCUCCUGGAUGUCACCACCAGCCUUCCGGACCCGCCCUCCAUCCACACCUUCCUGCCGCAGAUUGAGGCGGCCCUGGCAGAAAGCUCCCGCCUGAAGGAGGAGCUGACGAUGCUGCAGCUGAAGAAAGAGCUGCUGGGCGGCAUCUUUGGCCAGGAGCAAGCCACGACCCUGCUGGAGCAGGUGGCCACCUCCGUGAGGGACAGAGACCUGUUGCACAACCGCCUUCUGCAGAGGAAGAGCAAACUGCAGAGCUCUCUCACUCAGCACAAGGACUUUAGAGCGGCUUUUGAGCCCCUGCAGAGGAAGCUCUUGGAUCUCCAAAUCAGGGUCAAAGCUGAGAAUGGGCUUCAGCGGGACCUUCAGGGGAAACAGGCCCAGCUCUCCAGGUUGCAGGGGCUGCAGGAGGAGGGGCUGGACCUGGGGGCGCAGGUGGAGGCCACGAGGCCUCUCGUCCAGGGGAACCCCACCCACCAGCACAAACUGGACCAGCUUUCCGCCGACUACCAGGCCCUGCAGAGGUCUCUGGAGGACCUCGUGGACGGGCGCCGGCAGAGUGUGCGGGAACAUUGCACCUUUAGCCACGAGCUUCUGGAGCUGCGACAGUGGAUUGCUGUGCUCACGCAGAAGCUGGAGUCCCACUGUGGGGACACGAGCCCGUGGGAUGCCCAGUCCCGGGAGAUCGAGGUCCAGGGACUGCUGGCCGAAUUCCCGGAGAAGGAGGCCCAGCUGCCCCUGAUCGAAGCACACGGCCGGCUGGUGAUGGAGAAGUCUUCUCCAGAGGGGGCUGCUCUGGUCCGGGAGGAGCUGGAGGAGCUGGCGGAGUCGUGGGGGGCCCUGAGGCAGCUGGAGGAAAGCCUGCUGAGCCUCAUCAGAAACCAGCAGCUGCAGAGGACGGAAGUGGAUUCAGGGAAGAAAAUGAUUUUCACCAACAACAUCCCAAAGACCGGGUUUCUUAUCACCCCCACGGAUCUUAUAUCCCGACAUCACCGUCAGGCGAAUCUGCUCCAGGAGGAAGGCAGCCGUGAAGAUUUCUCACGGCUCCUGGGGAAUUUUGAGCACUGGUUGCAGGUGGAGAAUUCCAAGCUGAUUAGAAUCAUCGCCAUGAGAACUGCCUCCACCAAGGACUUGAGGACCAGAGAAACAAAGCUGCAGGAGCUGGAGGCUCGCGUACCAGAAGGUCAGCAUCUCUUUGAAAACCUCCUUCGUCUCGAGCCAGCAAUGGGGUCCUCAGAUGAGCUGGAGGAUCUGCGCUACCGGUGGAUGCUGUACAAGUCCAAACUCAAGGACUCCAGCCACCUGCUGACGCAGAGUUCUCUGGGGAAGCCGACUGGAUUCCAGAAGGCGCGGCGGAGGCGAGGGCUGAGCUCCCUCUGCCGGAAGGCGUGCUGCGUGGCGCUCCCGCUGCAGCUGCUCCUGCUCUGCUUCCUGCUGCUGCUCUUCCUGCUGCCUGUCGGGGAAGAGGACCGCAGCUGCACGCUGGCCAACAACUUUGCCCGCUCCUUCACGCUCAUGCUCCGCUACGACGGCCCCCCGCCCACCUAGCCCACUGCGGGCACACAGGGGACUUUCUUCUUCAAACUUCCAUCAGCCGGGGCUCCUCCAGAGGAUGCUGAGGAAACUGGAAACCGGGGCAGGCCAGAGCCGGCAGGGCUGCAUCCGUGUAAAUACUGUAUCGACGUUCCCAAAACAAUAUUACUUUUUAUACAGUGUUGUCUUAGUCUGUUUAUACUAAAUGUGUACUAUGGGAGUAAUGGCCAGCUUUUUUAUCUGCUCUGUAUGUCAGUGCUCAGGAUUUAUAGCUCCAUAUAUGACCUCUCUUUCUAGUUGGAGAAACUCCUAGCAGUUUGCGUGUCCAGUGGGAUCGCGUGGCAUUUUUGCCUCGGUCUGCAGUCAGCCCUGGAAAGCAGGAACCAUAACAUGUCACUUUUAUGGCCCCCUCCUACUCAGAAGCCAAGCCCCAGACCCAGAUGUUCACGUAGAGGUGAACAUGGAAGAACAGCGCAGGCCCUCGCUCGGAGCCCGGGCGCUCCUGCUUUCCGCACAGUGAGAACAGCCAGGCUCCUCUAGGCUUUGGGAUGACGGCAGACCGGGUGCUGUGGAUCAGAAGCAGAAAUGGCGCUGAUCCCGGGCAGGCCCAGUGGCAGCAGUGAAAAGUGGCAAGUGACAGAAUGAAAUUAAGGGGGGAAAAGAAGAACCACGGUGAGCAGACCCAGAGAUGAGCAAGCAGAGCAGGACGGGGACGUGCAUGCAGGAGCCCUGACAGCCCAGGCCAGCGAUGGAGGUCGCGGUCGGGGCACUGGGCCUGCAGGAAAUGCUCAGCUCGUGCUCCGUGUGUUCUCUGCCCUGUUCAGGGAGCAAACAAAGGAGAGAAGGCCUGCCGUUAAGUUUCCCACGCGGGACGGGGCACACGCUCCACGUGCAGCGUGCCCCCGACAGUGCCGGGGAAGCAGCGUUCCUUGGGCUGAGUUUUUCACCACCUACGACUCAGGCUGAAGGAACGGAGGGGAGCACCUGCCACACCAGGGACCAGGGAUCGAGGGUCCAAGACAGAGGUGACAGUUCAGCUGUGGAGCUCGGCCUGUCUGAGGCGCGCUCCCUCCGCCUUCCAGAAGGGACUUUGGAGAGAGCUGGUCCUCUGGGUCAAGAGUGUCUCACACACGUGCCCACAAGGGACCCAGGGUCCAGGCGCCCCACACCGGGCCCCUCUGCAGGGGCUCUGCACUCCGGCCCACCCACCACCUGGGAAGGGGCCGGGCUGAUGCUAUGCUGGGCCCUGAGGCUGGAAAUAUGUCCCUUUCUCCCCAGGGAAUUCUGACGCCGUUCCUAAGUGCUUCACAGCUGGAUCAGAUUUUCCCUAAAUCAGCACUAGGUUUUCCUUUUUAAAAGAUGCUUAGUGCCCACUCUUUGCAAAUUGAUUUUUGUCCGUUCAGCUACACAGAGAAGACCAACGAGGGGAUCCUCAGACCAAGAAAGGCCUUUAAUCAGAGGGGAAACUGAAGACCCAAGAGGGUCCAGCCCCCCAGCGCCUUGCCCCUCCCCACUGCUCUCUGCAGCGCCCGGACCCCUCCUUCCUGGCACAGGCCCGGCCUGGGCAGAGCUCUCAGCGGCCUCCCUGUGACUGGGAAGAGCUGGAUACUCGCUGGGUGCUCACCGGGCAGGAAAACAGUGUUGCCGAGAAGGGCUCUUGGUGCUGACUCAGAAAGCAUGCUUUUCUCAAGAUGUCUGGAAACCAAACCACCAGGCCAUUCUCUGCAGGUGACUGACCGCUUUACUGGAAAAUCAGGGGCUGCGUGAACCACGACCUCAGGCCCAGGCAGCCAAGCCCAGAUGCUCACUGGGUUGUGUUGGUCCAGCCCUAGAAGGUCAGCGGUGUGGCCAGGGCCUUCGAACUUCUCCACUCCCGCUCUCCCACGUCAUGGUGAGCAGGUGGAGGCCCAGAGAGGGGAAGUAACACCCGUGGCCACACAGCGAGAAACAGCAUGGCUGGAGCCCAUCCUGGUCACUCACUGCUGCCCCCAGGCGGCGCCCUGCGCAGGACAGUGCCGCCCCCCUGUAGGUGACCUCGGAAACAAAGAGCUGUUUGAGGUGAAGGCAGUUGUGUCACGUGUCCUGCGUGUUGGGGAGGGAGACAUUGUCAUUGUCACGUGUGGGCUGGCGGGUGGGGGUGACUAUAUUUUUUUAAACUUUGACAAUGAUGCCCUAGAGUCUGUUUGUUUGCAUAAUUUUUUUUAAAAAAAGAAUUGAUAUUUUCAUUACUUUCAUAUAAAUACAGCUAUGAUACGCUACAGCCACC